ACUAACUUGUUAAUGGCAGUGUCCCACUCUCUUUACUCUUGUCGGUGCUUCCCUUCACUUCACCUCAUCUCAUUUCUCUCUUUCAUUUCACUUCCACACACAAUACCUUAAACUUCAAAAAAAAAAAAAAAAAAAAAAAAAGUCCGAACAUGACCUCUAUUUAAUCCACCCAUCAUCUUCUUCAUUCUUCAACAAAAAAAAAAAAAAAUUGUCAAUUUUAUCAAAGAAAAAAAAAAUGAGAAUAUACCAAGAAAUGAAGGAUGAAGAAGCACAAUCAAGAAAUAGUAGUAUUAGUAAUAUUACAAGUAAUGUAACAACAGUUUGUUCAGCAGUUUCAGUAGUAGCACCAGUGGCUACUAUUGCAAAAAAAGAUCAAGGGAUUAAUGGGCUAUUUGGUAAAGGAAAAUACAAGUUGUGGGUAUUGGCUGCAAUACUUUUGCUAGCUUUUUGGUCUAUGUUUACUGGUUCACUUACACUAAGUCUCAAUUGGUCUACUGCAAAUCUCAGCCGUUUAUCUGAUGCUUCUGAUUUCAACAUUCAUGAAGAUCUUGAUAUUCUGGAAUUGGAGGAAAGAGAGAAAAUGGUGAAACAUAUGUGGGAUGUGUACACACAGAGUAGCCGGAUCAGGUUGCCUAAGUUCUGGCAAGACGCUUUCCAAGCAGCGUACCUAGACUUGACAAGUGAUUCACCAACCACCCGAGACACUGCUGUGUCAGAGAUUGCCAAGAUGUCCCUCCGUUCCACUUCCACUUAUGAAUCACCUUCCAACAAACAAUCAGAACCAAGAGAAAUAGAGAAAGAAAAAGGAUCGAAAAGCCAGAUGAAGACGACGACUACAAAGAAACCAAAGUAAUGCGGAGGGCAAUGGUUCUGUUGAGAAUUGAGAUGAAGGUGGAUGCAACAAAGUUGUGGUUGAACUCAUUCUUCUUGGUAGUCAAAGUCUUUACUUGUAUUUAUACCCCUACUAGAGCUUUAUUUAGAUAUAUAAUAUCAUAACAUCAAAAUUUAGUGAAGGCAAAGGUCUACCUUUUGAUUGUUCUCACUUAAUGAUACCAUUUCAAAGCCAGUUGGUUAUUAUGCUAUCAACUUUGAUUCUAUUUUUCA